AUGACAGCGGAGUUGAAGGAUGAACAGCGGGAGUGCGAUAUGCAAGACUUCUCCCAGCUGUCGUCCCGCACCGUAACGGAAGUCCUGAUGUUGGAAAUGAAAAUGUCACCAGCUGCCAAAACCUACCUAGUCUCCGGAUAUCCCCGCUCCAUGAGGGAUGUCGUAGAAUACUCCGAGAAGAUUCAAGUGAUCAACGGCGUCAUACUGAUCUCCUGGCGCCAGUCGAUUCUCCAGCGACAGAUCGACUACGGGGCCAAGCUAGGGCACGUGGUUCUGUCGCUGGCCAAGAUGGAAUUGGAAAACUUCUUCAAGAACGUCAUGCCCGUGGCUGAUUAUUUCGACCAAAGCGACAUGUUGAUUGCGGUGAACGGCGAACGGAUACCGUCGGAAGUGUACAAAGACUUCCGGUCGGCUGUGCUAGACAUUUUGGGUGCCCAAGAAAAUCAGGAAGCACUACUGAACGGAGUCGCAGCUCCGGCGCAUGAAGUAGAAAUCAAUAGCCGUAUCAAUAGAACACCGACACCACCACUAUCAUUACCGAUACAACAACCGAUUCAUCGGCCACCAUCCCAUCAAAAAAGUCAACCGAUACCUCUGCAAAGGCAACCGACCCUGGCUAGCAUAGGAGUUCAUCGGCAAAGUAGUGCCUCCAAAGCGAUCAACAUGGCCGGCUUCAAUCCGGAACGAGCCCCAGCGGUAAUUUGGGUCAUCGGAGGUCCCGGUAGUAAUAAGGCAGCACUUUGUUCGAAAGCCGUCGGAAGUAACCCCGGUUGGGGCCAUUUUAGUGUAGGGAGAUUGCUGCGGGCAACGGCCGAUUCGGAUCCGCGCAUCGGAACCGAGAACUUUGCCGUCAAGGAGGCAAUCACAGCCGGUGAAAUGGUUCCUAAGAAAUCGCUGGAGAAGCUGCUGGAGAAUCAGUUGGGGCAGUUGGCCGACCGGAAGGGCGUCAUCAUCGAUGGGUACCCCCGGGAUAUGGAGCAGGUGCGGGAGUUCGAGCGAAAGUUCCGUCAAACCCCACCGAUAAUUCUGCUGGACUGCUCCAAGCUCCAGCUGGGCCGGGGCCGUCUGGACGAUACCGUUUCCUCGUUCCGGCGCCGGCUGGAACUAUUCCGGGAGAUGACGCUGCCGAUGCUGAAGGAAAUGGACACCGCCGGCCGGUUGACCAUCGUUGACGGAGACACUGACAGCCCCACGGUACAGCGAGAAUUCGAGCGUAUUGUACGGGAAAACAUCCAGAAACUUGGUCUAGGUGCAGAACCUGGCAACGCUGCUGAUGGAGGAUCCGUAAGCCCGAUAAAGCUGGGAAGCUUCAAGGAUGCCAUCAAGCAGGGCCGCAGUAAGGUGGCCCCGAUGGAAUUGAAGAAUGCCGAUGCCAUCGUGCAUGAUUUGGAUGCCGAUGUUCCGGGUGUGGUGCCCACCAUCAGCCAUCACGUCAGCUUGGCCAAUGGACACCUUCCGAAGGGGGGCUCCCGGAAUGGGUUCAUUCCCAAUGGAAGGCCCAACUUCCGAAAUUUGCUUACGGAAGCAGAUAGUUUUGAUUCCCAUAUGUAAAUCUGAUUCAUACGAUCCCAUUAAAAUUUUUCUUAAGAAUAAGAAUCAAAAACAAGCAUUAAAAAAUCAGUCGCAAUAAGAGAUGUGUCUAGAGAGGGGUGAUCUCGAUCAUCAUUCAAUCAAAAACCAUAGCUUUAACAAAGAACUUGAACAAGAGCAAAUAUUUUUGUAUUGGCUUGGUGCCAAAUGUUGUUACUAGUAGAUUUUGUUUACCCCUAUAAAUAGUUCUUACCAGUGAUAAGAAUAGUUCGUAGAUUUUGUAAGGUUUAAGAUAAUGUUGAACCCAGUCAUAACGAAGUUUAUAAACCUGUUAUGGAGGAUUAGAUUGCAUCAAGCUUUAACCAUAAUUUUAGAACACUUUAUCACCUUAAUAUAGGAGAGUAAAAAUGUUUCAGUAGAAAAUCAAAA